AUGUUGUCUGUCAGCCGUGUCCCAACAGCCACCACAGCCCCCACCAUCUCACCCUCCUCUCCCUCGCGCUCCCUUGCCUCACAGCGGCCCUCUCCUGUCGUCGUCGCGAACCGCUCUCAACCUCGCAAUAUCGCAAUCAGAAGCCGCCUAGUUCACCACGCGCACCUGCAGCAGCAUCGGUCUCCGUCAGUCGCGCCUUUCCUCGACCGCUCGCUCCUCUUACCGCUCCGCACUCGCCGCCUUUUGCAAUCCGCCACAAGCGCGCAUGGCGCGCACUGUCAGCGACGAGCGGUGCCGUGCCGAGCCAGCGGGUCGAACGGCGGGGAGGAGCGGAAAGAAUACAGCCAGGAGGCGCGCAUGCGGCAGGAGGUGCUGAACCCGUUCCGCACGGUGCGCAUGUUCCUGUACGGCGCGUUCAUCGCCUCCGCGUCCGUCGGCGCGCUCAUCACCGCCACCUCGCUGCUCGCCAUCGCGACCGGCGCGCGCGACGCGGACGCGCUGCAGGUCCAGGACUCCCUCAAGGACCUCGGGGUUGACGUGGCGGCUGUCGCUCUAUUCGCGUUCCUGUACCGGUCGGAUGCGCGUGGCAAGGACGCAUCUCUGAACCGGCUGACUCGGGAAGAGAACCUAGCAAAGCUGCGUCUGGAGCUGCCCACGGGGCGAAUCGUCAGCCUGGCCCAGCUGCAGGGCUCCUGCCGCCUCAUCAUUGUCGCCGGCCCCCUCUCCCACGUGCAAACCGCCCUUGCUGCAGCCGAGCCGUACCGCGCUGCACUGCUGGAGCGAGCAGUGGUGGUCGCCCCGCUUGUGACUGUGGGUGCGGAAGCAGGGGCGGCGGUUUCUGGGAAUGUUGUGCUGCCUGGGGAUUUUAAGGGGUUUGCGGAGGUGGUGGACCCAGCUUGGGGAGUUGAAGUGGCUGCGGAUGGUGGAAAUGCAGGGAAGGUGGAAGAGGUAGGUGGUACUUCACAGGCUGCUACAGCUGCCAGUGGGUUGCUUCAGAGGUGGAUGGGCAGGCCAACUUACACUGAUGAAUGGAACAGAUGGUUGAAGGAGCAAAUGAAGUUCGCCAAUGUGGCUCCAGGCUCUCCCGUGUACAUAUCUCUACGACUAGAUGGGCGUGUGCGAGCUAGUGGAGUGGGAUAUCCUCCCUGGAGUGUGAUCGCUGCUCAAUUGCCUCCCAUGAAGGGAAUGUGGGCUGGCCCACUUGAUGGAAUGGAUGGCCGGUAUCAUCUUGUCACCAUGGAAGCCGCUCACGCUGUCGACACGCACCUCAUGAAGAAUCAGGGUCAUGACCUGGAGGCGGGCCCGUCGUCCGAUCUUCUUUACCCAGGAAUUACGCUGUCGGAGAAUGAGAUGCGAUGGGGAUUUAUUCGGAAGGUCUACGGCAUCAUUGGAGCACAACUCCUGCUAACCGCAGCCGUCGGAUCCUGCUUCGCUCUCAUCCCAUCCGUCCGCGAGUUCGGCCUGACCAAUGGAUACUUCAUGUUCUUCGCCACCAUCCUACCCUUCGCCACGCUCAUUCCGCUCGUCAUUUACCGGUCUCGCCAUCCUCUCAACCUAGCCUUGCUCGCAGUCUGGACAGCGUGUAUGAGCAUGACAGUGGGCCUCAUUUGCAGCAUGUACAGCGGGCCCAUAGUGGCCGAGGCUCUCGGUCUGACAGCUUCAGUGGUGCUGGGGCUCACAGCGUACACCUACUAUGCUGUCAAGAAGGGACAGGAGUUCAGCUACCUGGGUCCUAUGUUGUACGUCAGUCUCUGGCUGCUGCUCGGCUGGUCCUUUAUCCAAAUCUUCUGGGGCCUUGGCAGCGAGUUCGCUCUGGCUCUGGUGGGUGCUCUCAUCUUCGCCCUCUUCAUUGUGUACGACACCGACCUUAUUAUCAGGCGGUACUCGUAUGACGAGUAUGUGAUGGCGAGCCUCAACAUUUAUCUUGACAUUAUCAACCUCUUCAUUCGCAUGCUCGAGAUCCUACAGUACCUGCAGGGCAACAACUGA